AUGGCGCACUCCAAGGUAGUCAUCAUCGGCUCCGGCCCCGCGGCCCACACGGCUGCCAUCUAUCUAUCCCGAGCAGAGCUCAAGCCGGUCAUGUACGAGGGUAUGCUGGCAAACGGUACUGCUGCCGGUGGCCAGCUCACCACCACCACCGACAUUGAGAACUUCCCCGGUUUUCCCAGCGGCAUUGGCGGCUCCGAGCUGAUGGACAACAUGCGCAAGCAAUCGGCCCGCUUCGGAACCGAGAUCAUCACCGAGACCAUCUCCAGAAUCGACCUGUCGCAGCGACCUUUCAAGCUGUGGACGGAGUGGUCUGAUGGCCCUGAGGAUGCCCCUGCGCGCACUGCGGAUGCUGUCAUCAUCGCCACUGGUGCCAAUGCCCGCCGUCUCAACCUGCCCGGAGAGGAGACCUACUGGCAGAACGGAAUCAGUGCUUGCGCUGUCUGUGACGGAGCCGUGCCCAUCUUCCGCAACAAGCCCCUCUACGUGAUCGGUGGUGGUGACUCUGCGGCCGAGGAGGCCAUGUUCCUGACCAAGUACGGUAGCCACGUUACCGUCCUCGUCCGCAAGGACAAGCUACGUGCUAGCAAGGCCAUGGCCAAGCGCCUGCUGUCGAACCCCAAGGUCACUGUCCGCUUCAACACUGUCGCAACCGAGGUCCAGGGUGAGAACAAGCCCCGUGGUCUGAUGACCCACCUGAAGAUCAAGGAUGUCACUACCGGCAAGGAGGAGGUCGUUGAGGCCAACGGCCUGUUCUAUGCCGUCGGUCACGACCCCGCCACUGCCCUGGUCAAGGGCCAGGUCCAGCUUGAUGAGGACGGCUACAUUCUCACUAAGCCCGGAACUAGCUACACCAGUGUUGAGGGUGUCUUUGCUGCUGGAGACGUCCAGGACAAGCGAUACCGACAGGCCAUCACCAGUGCAGGAUCUGGCUGCAUUGCCGCCCUGGAAGCUGAGAAGUUCCUUGCGGAAGUCGAGGAUGUGGGAGAAACCCCCGCUGCCGGCACAGCUGCCGGAAACUCCAAGAUCGAGCCGGCCGCCCAGGAGCCCACUGGGGAGUCUAAGAAGGGAGCCGAAGGCACUGUGCCCGAGUACCGUCAGAACCCGCUGCUGUAG